GAGGCAGAGGCUGAGCUGGCCAAAGAGCCUCCCAUGGAGCGAGAGGCAACCCUGGCUCUGCAUCAGCCAUCACCUUCAGGGUCCGAGCCAGCCUCCCCUCCACCGGCCGCUCCAGAACUGGAACAGGGGCUCCUAUGUUAUCAAGGCUCGCCGGGUCCUGAGGCACAGACAGCUGGGCCAUCGGCUUGCCUGGGAGUUUUCACUCCAGCUGUCCCAGUUGCCACUGAGCCCACUCCAGCCCCAGAGGUGUCCUGCCAACCCAAGAACCAGCUCAAAGAGAAGGAGCCUGACCUCCUGGAGUUCCCUCCCAAGCUGGUGGCAGAGCAGCUCACCUACAUGGAUGUGGAGCUGUUCAAGAAGGUGGUGCCCCAUCAGUGCCUGGGCUCUGUCUGGUCCCCGAGGAACAGGCCUGGCAAAGAGCACCUGGAACCCACAGUCCGGGCCACCAUCACCCAGUUCAAUGCUGUGGCCAGCUGCAUCAUCACCACAUGCCUAGGCAACCCAAGCAUGACAGCCCGGGACAGGGCCAUGGUGGUGGACCACUGGAUCCAGGUGGCCAAGGCCUGUCAGAUCCUGGGGAACUACUCCUCCCUGCAUGCCAUCCUUGCGGCUUUGCAGAAUGUCUCCAUUCACCGCCUGAAGAGGACAUGGGACAACGUUUCCAGGAAGAGCUUCCAAACAUUUGCAAAGCUCUGCCAACAAGACAACCCCCAGGGCAGGAAACUACUCAUCAAGGUAGCAUGGAAGGUGCAGGGCUAGAAGGACAGGAGGGGUGUGAGGAGGCAUGAUCAUGUGUGGAUGAAGGAGGGAAUGGCCUGAAGCAUUCUUCGGGGAGCGGAAGCCUUUGGCAUGAAUGUGCUGACAGCCUGGGCUGAAGAUUCCCCCUGGGGCUGCGACAAGCUGCUGCUGCCCAUCCAGCCUCCCUAGGCUACAUUUCAGGUCACUCUAUGUCCAUCGAGAUGGUCCACAUGGGGGCCCAUAUGAACGCAGACAGCCCAGAGGACAGGCCUCUGCUCACAGAUGGAGUGGGGAUGGGUUGUGGGCCACAAAAAUGAUGAUCGUAAUAGGAUCCUGAGUCCUCAGGAGACCAUAGGAGGUAGGUGGAGUUCUCCCUUCUGCCCAUGAGAAAACAGGCUCAGGGAGGCCAGGCUCCAAGCUCCAGAACCCACAU